GCGCGCUUGUGUUGUUUCUGCAGCCCUAGUAUUUUGUUUAAUUUCUGGCUGCCGAAACGGUCUUGGUUUGAAUUUCUGCUUGGUAAGAUUCUGCUCGCAGCACCUGGUGAUCUUCCAGGUGAUCUCCAAGAAGGCCGCCUAACUGCAGGUGAAUGAGCAGAACGAACAGCUCAGCAACAAGUUCGGACUGGGCCAGGUCUGUGCCAACAUUUUCACCUUGACACGGGAGAACCCGAAGCAGCCAGUUGACGGAAAGUUCUUGAAAUUUUCUGCUUACCGCUGCAGACCGAAAUGUUAUAAAGCACAAUGUCGUUUUCCCAGAGUUGCACAUUUGCUGAAAGUUCUUCGCCAUGAGAGACGACAAGCAAAGAUACCAAGCAGCUGCAAUCGCCUUCGUGCUGGUGUUGCAGCAAUGCAGCGGCCUGCCUUAUACAUCUGCGAUGGGGGGGAAUGAGAUCGAUGCGGACACUUAUCAACACUCUGGCGGCGGACGAUCGGUGGACUAUCACACGGUUGUGGGCCACUUCAAGGACUUCUUUAUGUAUCUGCCUGUGAUGAUGACCACCAUAAAAGAGACCAUGUCCGGCUUCCCCAAAUUCGCCGAGGGCGUGCGUAUUCUAACCUCUGGGAAGGGACGCGUCGACGGCGGCGAGGACUGCAAGUGCAGUCAAAAUGCCUUGGGAACGGGCGCCAGCAGUGAAAUGUUGGACGGUAAUGGGCGCUUUGGCUGAUAGCUGAUGGUGUGGACAGAGGCAACGACAAUAAAAUGAUUGGACACUGCGAUUUGGCUCUGAUAUAA